AUGCAUUUGUGUGAGCGACAGUCGAAUUUAACACGAAGAGCCUGUUGUCAACUGGUUUUAUUACUAAACGAUACUACUAAGGUUCCUUUGUGUGACGUUGAGUUCCUCACACAAAACUACAGCGAUUCAUCUUUCUAUUCGCCUCCAAUAUUUUUGGACGAGCCGUCCGAAAUCCAGGAGGAUCAUCUGACAUUUUUUCUCGGUAUUAUGGUGCUAAUGUUGGUCGCAUGUGGUUGCAUAUUCACACUCAGUCGACUCACAAAACCUAGGUUUCACAUACGUUAUGGAAGUAUAUCAAAUUAUGAUUUUAUGAUGUGGAUGCCUUCAAAACGAAAUCGCAAGUCAUCGGUGAUGGUAUUUUUACGAGGAAUGAAAUGUCGGCGGACAGUAAGCAAUCGUAACUCUAACAUCAGUGUGGUUUCAUCUAAUAUGGGCUUACUACCGUCUUAUCAAAGUGCAACGUCUACUCCAACUUCUGCUCUAUCUUCCCUGCCACCACCUCCGUAUUCGGAGACACAACGAUUAACGGAGGAAAAUCAUCGACUGUAA